UUUUGCUGGCUGCCCGUUUUUGUUCCAAGCGGGUGGAGCUGGAGUCAAAUCAAAAACGUCAAAAUACGACAACACAACAACGCAAAGUUAAAUUUUAGUAGUAUAUUGUUGUAAUGUUUUCGAUAGUAAUCUGAGACAUGUUCAUAGAUUUAAUUGGCACAGGCAUAUACGGUGCGGAUAAACGACGGAAUAAACUGAAAAUGUCAAGUAACGCUAAAGAACAACCUGAUCAAUCGCUCAAUGUAGAUAUCAAAAAAGAGAAAGAUGAAGUACAGCUACAUGCGAUGGGAAUUACUGCCGUAAAGGAGGAGGCCAACUUCUACCUAGAUAACUCAAAGGAGAACCAAGUUGAAGAAAAGUUUAAAAAUCUACCAGGAGAUUUUGAGUGUCCUGCGCUUCUGCAAACCCAGUCAUAUCCUUUAACAGAUGGUACACAUCCCGAUGGGUUUCAAUCAUCCGAGGAUCGUCCCCACAAGUGUGACAUUUGUGACAAAAGCUUCGCUAAGAUGUACCAGCUGACUGGUCACAUGCGUAUUCACACUGGCGAACGGAAGCAUGAAUGUGACAUAUGCGGUAAGCGCUUUUUGACCAGCAAUCACCUAACCAGUCAUAGACGCUGGCACACCGGUGAAAAACCGUUUGAGUGUGAAACCUGUGGAAAACGGUUCCCUCAGCGCGAAGCUCUCGCGUAUCACAAAAGUAUUCACAAUACUGAACGUACGCACAAAUGUGAUAUUUGUGGUAAAUUUUAUCUUCGCAAGCGGGAUCUCAUCGUUCAUGGUCGUAUCCAUAGCGCGGAAAACCCGUACAAAUGCGAGAUUUGCAAAAAAGAAUUCAAACAUCAUAAUAGUCUUGCGUAUCAUGUGAGUAUUCACAGCGAACCAUCAUUCAAGUGCGAGGUCUGUGGUAAAGGUUUUCGAAGGGAAAAAGAAUUGUUGUCCCACAGCACGAUGCAUUUACAGGAAAAAUCGUACAUAUGCACCAUAUGUGGCAAAGGAUUUCAUGACGAUAAACGUCUUGCUCGGCACACGCUUAUCCAUAAUGACAACAAACCACAUAAAUGUGAACACUGUUCUAGAGUGUUUCGAACCAAAGUAGAGCUAACGAAACAUACUCGUGUUCAUACUGGCGAAGAGCCGUUCCCUUGUGACGUUUGUGGCAAAGGAUUCAAAGAUGCAGGUUACCGAGCACUACACAUGCGGAUGCAUACCGGGGAAAAGCCACAUGAGUGUACACUUUGUGAUAAAAGGUUCUAUUCCAGUAGCGGGCUGUCAAUGCACAUGCGGAGCCACAUCAGCGAAAGAGAUCAUAAAUGUGACGUUUGCGGUAAAGGAUUCCAAACACCCAGCCAUCUUGCUCAGCACGAGCGCAUUCAUACGGACGAGCGCCCAUUCAAAUGUGAAAUUUGCGGUUUAGAAACGGCGCAAAGUAGUUACCACGCUCGCCAUAUGCGCCGCCAUGCCAAAGGCCGAGCUUACAAAUGCGAUGUUUGUGACAAAGGAUUUAUGACUCAAAGUUACCUGAAUCUGCACAUGCGUUUGCACACUGGGGAACGACCGCACGCUUGCGAUGUCUGUGGGAAAGGAUUUACUGGGGUUUCGCUUCUCAACCAGCACAAACGCAUUCAUGUUGAGGAUCGUCCCUUCAAAUGUGACAUUUGCGAUAAAGGGUUCAUCAGCACAAGUAACCUUAAAAAACACAUACGUUCCCACACGGGCGAACGGCCGUACAAGUGUGAAAUUUGCCUGAAAGCAUACAGCUCAAGUAGUGCUCUAACACAGCACAUACGCAGCCAUACCGGUGAACGGCGGCAUAAAUGCGACGAAUGCGGGAAAGAAUUCUUCAGGAAGGGACACCUCCAACAUCACAGACGGGUUCAUACCGAUGAACGACCGCACAAGUGUGACAUUUGCGAUCGAGGAUUCUUCGAGGCGCACGAACUUAUCGUCCACAAGCGCACCCAUACGGGGGAACGACCGUUCAAAUGUGACAUCUGUGGCAAAGCGUACACGAGAAGUAGCGAGCUUAAUGUUCACAAGCGUAUUCAUACCUAUGGAAAGCUGAGCAAAUGCCCGACCUGCGGAAAGGAGUUCCUACAAAGCGAACAUCUAGCAGUGCAUCAGAAGGAACACGAGCAGCAGAGCGAAGGACUGGUGUGCACGCUGGAGACGGAAAUUAGCGUUAAAAGGGAAGAUGAGGAAGUAAGUUAGGAGUAAUGUAACGCUUCCACGCUAUGAAAUGCGAGGAGUAUGUACUAUAUCAUUAAAUUUGUUUUAUAAGCACGAUGUAUUAUGUAUUAGAUAAAUGAAAAUAAAUUGCCUGA